UGAUAGUGAUUGAAAAUAGUGGAACAAGUGUUCAUGAUUAUACAGUUUGGGAAAGUGUACUGAGUGUGAAAGCGAGAUUCAAAUGCCGAUGCUUACUUGCAUCUCUGGCACAUCAGACAUGGAUUGGAAUGCAGACGGUGAUAAUACAGAUGUCAGCACCUCCUCCUCUCCCAACGUCAACUAUUCGUCUCACACCCAGGAUCACGAUUCGCUGUCAGAGGAUGAUGAUUUCUCCGAUGAAUUCUCCAUCAUAGACAGCGAUGACGAAAAAAGGCUGGAAGGGAAACAUCAGUCCCAUCAUGGAUCGAUGCAACAGGUUUCUUCUCCUAGGGGUGUAGUGAAAAAGAUAUUCACAAACAGCCGUGAAAGAUGGAGACAACAAAAUGUUAGCGGGGCGUUUGCUGAACUCAGAAAACUGGUCCCUACUCACCCACCAGACAAGAAAUUAUCCAAAAACGAGAUUUUGAGAAUGGCAAUAAGAUACAUCCAAAUACUGUCCAACGUCCUAGACUGGCAGCAGUCCACCUCCACCACCAUCCACAUGGACAUCAAGUCCGAGAGCGCCGCAAUCAUCACCCGUCACGUGCCCGGCAUACACACACUCCGUUCUCGAGCGCGCCUGCGCAGAAGCGGCCUCGCGUGUCCGCCGCUCCCUCUGUGCGACCGCAACGGCAACAACUUGUUGAUGAUAGCGCCCAACAACCAUCUACCGUUCAGGCGCGGAAGUAUUUUCAUCGAUUUGGGAGCCGGUCGCGGGAUCAAGUGCGAACAAAUAGAGGGAAUCUCUGUAGAGGGUAAAGACAGAGAUUGCAAGGAUGAGGAGAAUGGGGAGAACGAGUCUAAGAGGAGGGAUGGAAAAGAGAAAUAG